GGCCGAGCAGGCUGCCAGUAGUCUCUGUGUGUCAGGGUUCUCCGUACAGUGGCCGGGAUUCCCUCUCCGGGGAUGACACACGAUGGCCGCCCGACUGUCCCAGUCUCACCUGAAGCUGGAGGCGGAGAUCGAGCGCUGCAGGGCCGAAGGCCAAUGGGAGAAGAUCCCGCUCCUGGUCCGGCAGCUGUCACCUAAGGUGCAGGACAACACUGAUGACUUUACCAACCUGCUGCUCGCCGAGUCCCAGCUGGAGCUCUCUUUAAGGGAAAACAUUGCCAAAGUCAAAUUAUCCAUUCCAUUAAUGGACAGCCAGGAGCCAAAACUGCAUCAAGCCAAGAACUAUCUAACAGGCUUACUAAACAGAGGCAAAUUACCGCCUCACUUCAUGACAGAAGCUCUGUUAAUACUGGGGAAGUUGGAGUACUGUGAAGGAUCGUACCGGGAUGCUAUCAGUAUGUACGCCAAAUCGGGAUUUGAACAUCAGUCCUUAGACGAUGAACCUCUUUACAGGAUGCGGCUUUUUGCAGAAGCUUUUGUUAUCAAAGGUUUGUCAUUAGAGCGUGCGACGGCGACCAUUGCCUCCCGCGCCCGUCUGUCUGAGAGAGAAGAAGAAGCUGUCACUUGUUUUGAGAAGGCCAGUUGGAUUGCACAAGUCUUCUUACAGGAAUUAGACAAGAGCAUGAACAGUACUCACGCCAAGAGUCCCAAAUACAGCACCCCCUGUCAUGACUUUGAACUUAGUUAUUUCCUGGAAGCAGCGCUGCGCGGAGCGUAUGCAGCUCAUCUGAAAAGGGGAAACAUUUUAAAGGGAAUCAACGAGCUCCGAAAUGUUUUGCGAGUUGUGGAAUCGAAGGCAACACAGGCCUUUAGAAUGGUGGCCAGCAGGCAGCUGGCUGAAGUUCUGCUCCAUUCGUUGAGUGAGAAGUGUUACUGGAGCCCCCUGAAAAGUCCUUUGCCGGAACUGAUGGUGAACAGAGAAGAAAGUUCUUUUCCCUACGAGAUCCUCAGUCACAAACCACAGAUUCAUUGUGGAGAUCACCUGUACUGCCCACAGGACAACAUUGAGGAGGCUCUCCUGCUUCUUUUGAUCAGCGAAUCUAUGGCCAACAGGGACGCAGUUAUCAGCCGAGCGCCAGACCAGAAGGAAGACCGCGCCGUGAGCCUUCAGAAUGCCUCCGCAGUAUAUAACCUUCUAAGCAUCACAAUGGCCAGAAGAGGGCAGUAUGCCAUGCUCUCUGAGUGUUUGGAGAGAGCUAUGAAGUUUGCAUUUGGAGAAUUUCACCUCUGGUAUCAGUUGGCGUUAUCCAUGAUCUCUUGCGGCAAGUUUGCCUACGCUGUUUCAGUAUUGAAAGAGUGCUCUAAGAUGCGUCCCACAGACCCGACCGUUCCGCUCCUCGCUGCCAAGGUCUGCAUUGGACCACUGCAUUGGUUGGAACAAGGAGAACAAUUUGCAAAACAAGUUACAGAAAUGGGAGAAGAAGCUGCAGAAUCACUUUCUAAAGGAUAUCUUGCUUUGGGACUAGUGUACAGCCUCCAGGCUACCGAUGCCACUCAGAAAAGCACUCAAGAUGAUUGGAGUAAGAAAGCUCUGCAGGCAUUACAAAGGGCACAUCAAAUAGAUCCAGAAGAUCCCCAGAUUAUCCUGUAUCUAUCGCUUCAGCUGGCCCUUGUAAGACAGAUUUCGGAUGCCAUAGAACACCUCCAGGAGGCACUUAAGCUGCAGGAGACUGAUCUCCACUGUCUGCAUCUGUUGGCUUUACUGUUAUCUGCACAAAAAGAGUAUAAGCCCGCCAUUGAUGUCAUCAACAUGGCCCUUGUGGAGUAUCCCGAAAACUUCAGUUUAUUGUUUACCAAAACGAAACUGGUGUGUGUACACGAAGGACCGGAGGAGGCUCUGAUAACUUGCCGUCAUAUGCUGUUCUUGUGGCAGAAACUGUAUAACUGUUCACAACUAAGUGAUUCUGAAAAGGAAAGCAGUUUAGCUGAUGUUCCCCUGACGAGAAAACACAGCGGGCUGCACCUAGCAAUUCCUGAUGCUCAUGAUCCAGAAAAUGGAUCCCAACGUGCAUCUUCCAUUGCCGCAUCUCGCAUGGAGCAGGCCAUGUCUGAAAUAAGCAUGCACAGCAGCACCCAAAAGCAGGGACCAAUGCAGCAGUGGGUCACCCUGGAGCAGAUAUGGCUGCAGGCAGCUGAACUCUUUAUGGAACAACAGCGUAUAAAGGAAGCAGGCUUUUGUAUCCAGGAGGCAGCCAGCCUUUUCCCCACAUCACACACUGUGCUGUACAUGCGUGGGAAGCUCACGGAGAUGAAAGGCUGUUUGGAGGAGGCAAAGCAGAUAUACAAUGAAGCACUAACAGUCAAUCCAGAUGGAGUGAAAAUUAUGCACAGCCUGGGUCUCGCACUGAACAGACUUGGGCAGAACGCGCUGGCUGAGAAGUAUCUCCGAGAUGCCGUACAGGUCCAGAGCACUUCACAUGACGCUUGGAAGGGUCUGGGGGACGUUUUACAAGAUCAGGGGAAGCACGAAGCUGCGUUCGAAUGUUUUAUAUCUGCGCUAGACUUGGAAUCCAGCAGCCCAGUGUCCCCGUUCACCAUUAUCCCAAGGGGACUGUGAAUGAUAAAAAAAAAAAAAAAUCC